CUCAAACCAAACCCACAAGCUAUGAAUAAUAAUAAUAAUAAUAAUAAUAAUAAUAAUAAUAAUAAUAAUAAUAAUGAUGAUGUCAGUCUUUCUCCCUAAUUUUUAAUUAGCAGACAAGAAUAUCAUGUGCUUAAUAAAUGGGGGUCAUUGGAAUCGAACACAAGACCUCUCGGUUACAAAAGGCUCUAAUGCCAUGUCAAGAACCAGUUGAUCUCAAUAACUCGAAUUGUUAGAAGAGAUUCAAUCGUGGAUCGACAACCCUAAUAAUAUGCUCUCUUCCGGGUUACAGUUAGCUGCCCGCAUCUCCAAAUAUAUAGUUUACUUCCCUCUCCUCUCCUGCACCAUCGAAUAUUCUUGUUUAGUCAGUCGCAUAAACUAUUGCGUUAAUUCUCUCUUCCAUUACUCUCCAUAUUUAGUUUCUGACCACCAAUUAAUACACGGCCUAAGCUGAGAGAGAGGGAGAGAGAGAGAGAGAGCUAUCUUGUUUGGAUGAAGCUGCGACUGAGGAGGAAAACGGCGACGACGGCGGAGGAAGCCGGAGGAGGAGGCAGGCGGCGGCGGCAUGACGUGGACGGCGAGGAAGCGAAGCAGAAGGAGAAGAAGAGAUGGGGGCCGGCAUCAGUAUUGUUGUCGCCGGUUGGUUUGGUGAUCAGCUGCUUGGGCCGUCCGUUCGUUACGGCGUCGUCUUGGGCUGGGAGGUGCUUGUUCGUGAGCUGUUACCCCGUCGUUCAAUGUGCUGGGUGGGAUGAUUGCGGCCGCCGCCACCACCACCAUGACAGGCACUUCUAUUUUGAUUGACAAAUCUCAUCGGUAUCUUUCUUCGUCCAUAUUUUGUAUUUUUAGUGAUGUUGGAUUCUUGAUGACCAAUUACAAGGUUGAACGACUCUAACGAAGUAGCCUCAGUCUAUGCAUUUUUCUUGUUUUGGGGGGUUUUAAAUUGUUUUUGUGUAAAGAGAGUUUGUGAUUUUCUUGCUUCACACGACUACUGGGGGCAUAUGUAUACCAACCCAACUCUAUUGAGGUUGAGCAGAUCGUUGAAGUUGGGACUUUUCAUUUUAAAAUAUGGAUUGAUUCUAGGAAUGCAUAGAGAUUUGUUUUUUUAUGGAUAGGAAUGCAUAGAUUUUGAAAGGGUCAAUGUUAAUUUUCUACUCUUUUUCCCCCUUAGUCCUUGUACUAUGAUCAAUGUUUUGAUAAACACAUAAUUUUACA